ACCACCAAGGCAACCACUGCCAACCUGGUCAUAUUUUAGAUGAUAUUCUACUGAGUUGGAUCUACAUCCAAGUGGGGGUAAGAUAUACAUAGUACAUACACUCAUCCUCCCUAGACUCUACUCUGUUUGGAAUUUACUGGGUUUGUUGUUGUAUUCUAUUGAGUUGAGUAUUCUCGGUGAACAAGACCAACAACCAAAAAAUUUUGUAAACAAAUGGUUCUUUGUUUACAAAUACGGAUGGUGUAUGACAAUGUUUACGAUAACUCUUGAGUGUGGGUGAUGUAGAAAAUCAAAAGAAAUCUUGUACUUCAUAAUAUGAAAGAGAAGAAUUGAUGAAGAAGGUAUCUUGAAUUCUCUACUUCCUAGAUGCAUAAUAUUCAAAUUUAUUAGCAACGCACUUUUGAUUUAGGCCAGAGGGUUGUUCAUUUAUGAUUACUUCAAUAUUGUGCCACUGUCUUUUUGUUUGCAUUUCUUAUGUCACUUUUUUGUCUAUCUAAAAUUGGGUUUGUAAUACAUUCACCUAAAAAGUGUCAACAGAGGCCAAUGGCUGGUUCUGAUUGAUGCUGCUAAAGGAUGUGCGACAGAGCCACCAGAUUUGACCAAAUACAGGGCAGACUUUGUUGUCAUCUCAUUCUACAAGAUGUUUGGAUACCCAACUGGAAUUGGUGCACUAAUUGUAAAAAAUGAAGCUGCGAAAUUACUGAAGAAGACCUACUUUAGUGGAGGCACUGUUGCUGCUACUAUCGCCGACACUGACUUCUUCAAAAGAAGAGCAGGUGUGGAGGAGUACUUUGAGGAUGGAACAGUAUCAUUUUUGAGCAUAGCAUCAAUUCUGCAUGGACUCAGAGUGCUCAAUACUUUAACCAUGUCUUCUAUAUCCCGGCAUACAUCAUCUCUGGCAAUCUAUGUUAGGAAAGCACUCUCAGCUUUGAGACAUGGAAAUGGAGAAUGCGUUUGCACAAUUUAUGGAGAAAACACCCCAGAAUUGCAGGUAUUACCUGGUAAAGUGGGUCCGAUAGUUUCAUUCAAUGUAAAGAGACCAGAUGGGACAUGGUGUGGCUGCCGGGAAGUGGAAAAUUUGGCCUCUUUGGCAGGAAUUCAUCUACGGACAGGAUGCUUUUGCAAUCCUGGUGCCUGUGCAAAGUACCUUGGUUUAUCGCACAAGGAUAUUCUUUCAAAUAUUGAGGCUGGCCAUGUUUGCUGGGAUGACCAAGAUAUUUUAAAUGGAAAACCAACUGGAGCCGUUAGAGUAUCCUUUGGUUACAUGUCAACAUUUGAAGAUGCCAGGAAAUUCAUGGACUUCAUGGAAAGGUCCUUUGUGUCAUUUCAUUCCAUCGAAGGUGCUUUGAGUGCAAGAUCACCUCCCCUUGUAAUGAAAGGAACUGAAAAGAUAGCAAUGCAUUUCCUCACAUCAAUUACUGUAUAUCCAAUAAAGUCAUGUGCAGGCUUUAGUACGGAUCGUUGGCCCCUGACAAGCACAGGGCUAUUGCAUGACCGAGAGUGGCUUCUUAGGAGUGCCAGUGGUGAAGUCCUUUCACAAAAGAAGAAAUGUGUCAUAUCAAAACAUUCAUUGAUCUCAAGUUGGGAAUACUGUUUGUUGAGUCUCCUCGCUGCAAAGAGAAACUGCAGAUUAAACUUAUAUCCAAUAUGAAUGAUGCAAGGUCUGAAGAAAUUGGCAUACAUGCUCAAAGGCAUGAGGUCCAAAGUUAUGGCAUUGAAGUCAACAGUUGGUUUAGCUAUGCUGUCAGUCAAUCUUGUACUCUACUGAGAAAUUCUGGAGCCGUGAGAUACACCUGCUCUAAGGUGAAUUCUAAUACAGGCAUUUGCAAGGGUGUUGCAACCAAGUUGAAUUUUGUCAAUGAGGCCCAAUUUUUAUUGGUAUCUCAGGAAAGUGUAGCGGAUUUAAACAACAGGUUACACUCAAGCACACAACAAGGCGCUUAUGGAAAGACAAUUGAAGUCAGUACUAUGAGAUUCCGACCCAACCUUGUCAUAUCCGGAGGCGAACCAUAUGCAGAAGAUGGAUGGGAGAGUCUUGAGAUAGGAGGGAAGAUAUUCACUUCUCUUGGGGGAUGCAACCGGUGCCAGGUGAUCAACAUACAUUCACAUGGUGGUGAAAAGGUGCGAAGGUCGAAAGAACCCUUGGCUACUUUAGCAACAUACAGGCGAGUUAAGGGGAAGAUACUGUUCGGAAUAUUGUUGAGGUAUGAAAAGGAUGCUACGAAGGAUUUCGAUCCAUGGCUCCAUGUAGGAGAACAAAUAUUCCCAAAUCGUCCUUCACCCUCGUCCUAACAGCUUUCCAUGGGAGGUCAAAACAAACAAGGUGCAAUAGUUUGGAUUGGAUGUUCUUGCUUGAGUUGAAGAACAUUACUCUCCAUCAAACACAAGUCCUUGAAAAGUGCAGUACUAUAAUUAUAGAAGUGCAGUACUAUAAUUAUAGUUCAGUCCUUCAACGUGACGGUCCCAACUCUCUUGUUGUAACAAAAAAAAUUGGUUGCUUAGUUCAAACUUUCAAAAACUGGCCACAUUUAUUUCCCUUAUUCCGAGUGGGAUUUGCGUUUGGUUUGUUUUUUUAAAAUGUUAUUUUGAUGUACUCUACCUUCCAAAUAGGGGUAAGGUUUUGGUAAACACCCUCUCACACCGUAUAGUCUGGUUUACAUUCUGUAUAUAUUUAAGGAAAAUUACAGAAAUAAUUACUUACUGAAUUU